AUGUCUUACCAAAAGCCCGAGAAGGAUUUCGGCGAAGGCCCAAAAAUCCACAAGAUCCGCAUCACCCUGACCUCGCGCAAAGUGCAGGCCCUCGAGAAGGUGUGCUCGGAGCUCCUUGAGCGCGCCAAAUCCAAGAACCUCCGCGUCAAGGGCCCAGUGCGCCUGCCAACCAAGACCCUCAAGGUCACUACCCGCAAGACCCCUAACGGUGAGGGUAGCAAGACGUGGGACAUGUUCGAGAUGAGAAUCCACAAGCGUUUGAUCGAUCUCAAUGCCCCGACCGAGGUGGUCAAGCAGAUCAUCAUCAACAUCGAGGCCGGUGUUGAGGUCGAGGUCACGAUUGCGGCUUAA